CAAAACAACACACAGAAUGCACACAUAAGCAUGUAGUGGGUUCAGUGUGUUGCUUUAAGAUGGUUGGGUAUUCAGAGUAACAACAUUGGCCAUGACAUUGACAUACAGUAGGAAGCUGCACUUUAGCUUAUGGAUUCAAGCGUUCUUUGCAUCAUGGAUAUAUGGCAAGGAUUUGACUGGCACCAAUAUUCAAUUAGAGGAUAUUUUGCUACUAAAGGAUGAGGCAGACCCGAAAUGUUUCACAAGGACAGAGGAGGAUUUCACCUGCUUCUUCGAGACCACAGACAAAAGGACUUACGAUUUGUACUACAACACUGGCAAGCUGUCCAGAAAGAAAAAAUGUCAACUAUUUACCCAGAGGACAACAGAAGGAACGCUGCUCCACAUCUGCUCAUUCCCUUAUUUGGACGUUGUCACCUAUGUGGAUAUAUACCUUAAAGUGGUGGAGCACAACACCAACAACAGCGUCUGCAUUCGCACCGUCAGUGUGGAAGAUCACAUUCUGCUGGAUGCUCCCUUCAAUGUGUAUUUACACCAAAAUGAUAAAGCAGGACAACUGCAGGUUUCAUGGCUCACCAGGGUGCCAAAAUACUGGGAGGAUAAGGUGAAAUACAGGAUCCGAUACUGGUCGAAGGGGCUGGGAGAGAAGACCAGAGUGGGAACUGAAAGGCGGGAUGACCCAGUGGUACUAGUGCCGCUCAUCCCAGGGGAGGAGGUCCAAGUCCAGGUUGCAGUCAAGUGUGCCGACAGGGACACUGCAGGACACUGGAGUCACUGGUCAGACUCCGUACAGGAAGUGGUGCCACAACAUGCAGAGGACAUUUCAUUGAAGUGCUACACCUCCGAUCUGCAAACAAUCACCUGCCAUUGGAACACCAGCAGAUACAGUCGACCAACACUUUUCUACAAAAUGAAUCUUAGCGAGUCUUUGGGCUGGACUGACUGGACAGAGUGUCAGCCUGACAGGACGUUGACAGAUCGUUGCAGUUUUCAGGGAGAUAAGUCCAGAAAAGUCAAAGUCAAACUCAAGAAUGCCAGCAGAACAUUUUACACCCAAGAGUUCACAGUCCAAAACAUCAUUAAAACACCUCCACCAGCUCAUCUGAGAGGAUCACUGCAGGAAGAUGGAUUAUGUCUGAAAUGGGAGGCUCCUCGUUUGACUCUGUCAACUCACCUGCAAUAUGAAGUUGGCUGCCAAAUCCGAGAGAGCAAAGCCUGGCUGUUGGUUUCCCUGAAGGACCCAGCAACAAGCACAUGCCUCGAGAUUCCCUCAAGUAGCCAGUACAGAGUGAAGGUCAGAGCUAAACCAAAUGGAUCGUUUCUUUCUGGCCACUGGAGCGACUGGUCAGAUGUCCUCACAGGAGAAACUCCCGCAGACAUAGACACGUUGCUGGUGACUUGCAUUCCUGCCACACUGCUGAUAACUGCUGUCAUCCUCAUCUCUUUGUUUUUUACUUAUUUCCAAAAACUGAAGCAGUGGUUUUGGCCGCCUGUGCCAAACCUUGACAAAGUCCUUCAAAGUUUUCUCACUGAGACCAAUUUGCAGAAUUGGCACCCUCCGGUCACAGCAAAACAGUACUUUGAGGAGGCUGCUUCUUCUGUGGUGGAAGUCAUGUCCCAGGAUCAGGUCUCAGGAUCGGGUAAGCCAUUCGUCGAAUCGACUCAACUCCUGUCGUCAGAGCAAAGGAACCACCAGGAAGACGGAAGCCCCACAACAGAACUGAAACUGUUCCCAGAUUAUGUGACACUGAACAGGGAGAGUGUCAUUAUUUGUGCCACAGGAAACAAGUAUGUCUGUGAGCAGUUUGGAGAGAUAAGAGGUCCUGGAAUGGAGGGUGAGCUUCUUCCAAAAACAUGUCACUGUUUUUGCAACGAGGACACUGACUUACUAAACCAUUCCUACAUGCCUCUUUCCGAGCCUGCAGUCAGCGUCAGUGACAAGGUGGCAGACAUGAGAGUGCAUGGCAACGUCUAUACUAACUUACCCUGCAGCUAAAUGUAGAACAGUAAUAAUAGAUCCAAUAUAUACUGUAUAUAUAUAUACUACAUUUGUACUGCAUCAGUAUUGUUGGGUGUGGGUUUAAACUAUUAUUAUUAUUAUUAUUCACAUUAUGUACUGUGUUCACAUAUUUUCUUAUAGCAAGUAGGUCUUGUACAGCUAAAUUCAGAACUAAUAUGUGGAAAAAAAAUACCAGUAGUUUUUAGUUUACAGUUAAAUUCCAGUAAAAUGGUUUGCCGACACUGCUGUGUCGUUCUAAAGCCACUAGAGGGAGCAAGCGUGUUGCAAAACAAUGACUGUCCUGUCCUGUGAUAUACAAAAGAUGAAUUAAAUGAACAAUUAUUUAAAUAAUGAAUGAUUAAAAGCACAAUUAAACAAUUAAAAAUGUAAUGAAUGAAAACUAUACAUAACAAAUAAAUACAGAUAUAUGACAUUAUUAUUAUUAUGUUUGUAUAGAUAGUCAAAACAUUAUAAUUGUAAUUUAAUAAUUAUGUAUUUCUGCAUAUUCUAAUGUAUCUCAUUGUUUGCCAUUGAUGCUGUUUAAUUGGAGCCUAAUUUUAUUGUGCAACUAUUAGAUUGUGGAUUUGUGUUGUUCUCGGUGGAGAAUAAUUUUGAGAUGACCUCCUAUGUGCAUUUAAUGUGCACCAUUUCCAUGUAACUAUUACCAGCCUGAUAUAUUUAUUGUACAUAUUGGAAUUUUUGCAAUAAAUAUUAGAGCUAGUGUGUCUAGAAAUGCUUUGGCACGUUAUUAUUAUCAUUAAAAUUAGCCUUCUCUUCCUUGCCACUGGGUGGUGGUAUUGUAUUUACAUGUAUUUACAUUUAUUCCUAUGUUGUUAGUUUGCUCUUGAAGGCAGGCCUAACAAGCCAAAACAAU